AUGAAUCGAUUAAUCUAUGUGGCUCCUUGGAAUGCUAUUUCUUCAUAUUAUUUCAACAUUGAAAAUUCUAUUCAAGUACUGGAGAAAUUAUUGGAAUUUCAAUUCGACAAUGAUAAAUACGAAAUACAUACAUUCUUAAUGAGAUUGUAUCAAGUGGAAAAUAAUAAUGAUGCCAUACUCGACCAACCGUCUACUGAACAAACUACAUAUGGGCCUCCAUCUCCGACAAAUACGUCCCCGACGCCUCCAAAAAAACGCAAAUACGAUCCAAAACUUGCCAUGUUAAAGGAUGCAUUUGGUAUUUUAAAAUUAGCAUCAACCAAGUCAAAUCAAGACGACGUGAUUGGCACGUUUUGUAAAUUUUUAGAGAAUAAAUUGAGAAGUUACGAUCAUCGCACGAAGAAUUUGGUACAACAGCGUUUAUGUGAUAUCGUAUUUAAGGCUGACGCAGAAUAUUUUAGUAACAAUGAACAAUAUGGUUACUACACAAGUCAGUCCCAAAAUUAUUAUACAACACGGCCAGAAACAGCUACACUGAUUUAUUCAUCAGCACACUCCCGGCCAACAGGUAGUACCUCUGAAGCUGGUAUUAGUCAAAGCAGUCCAAGCGGAUCGCACUACAGCGCGGAUUCUUUUGAUGUCGAUGAUUUCGUUUAA